GGACCAUGAAUGGUUUUCAAAUUCGUAGGCGUCCUUUAAGAUGGAAUGGAAAGUAGGCUAGUCUGCCUGUCCCAUGCAUGAUAUCCAAAUAAUCUCCAAGCAGUAACAGCCACAACACUUCAAGGUUCUUUUUCUAGGUGAGUCACGUGCAGAUCAAAUCUGUUCAUUUAAUUUAAGGGGCCAAACUCGAAACUACAUCUGUUUUCACACUAUCGGCUAUUGCUGCAAGAGCGCAUCCUAUUGUAGCCAAUGGUAUUAUUAGCAUGCAAACUAAAAUAUUUUGGAAGUUAAAAUGUGCAAGCUAAAAAGGUAUGUAGUCAUUUUUUUCACCUUUAUAAUGAGUAAUAUCAUGGCUGUCGAGAGAGAUCGAUCUAAUUAUAGUUCGUGGAGUUAGGGUGGUAGUCUGCCGACCGUCCGAAAGCGCGCCAUCCCCUUGGGACGAUAAUUCCUCUUCGUGGAGAAUCAGCGGACAAAAACCUGUUACGGAGCAGCAACAGUACGCACAGACUUCUACAUGAGUUACAACUUUGUUUUAAUGAGAGCAAAGUCCGCUGAAGACAUAAAUUACUUUCACCUAGGCUGACAGAUUUGGGAAUUCGAUUAUUGAAAGGCUAGGCCGUGUGAUAUAAGGCAGCAUGGGUAAAGUCCUGCUGCUCUGCCUCGUCCUACUGGGGCUUGCACCUGAGACGGGAGGCCAAAGAAGACCGGCGGGACCGAGGGGCAAAGACAGGGGUCAAGUGUGUCCCCUGGAGCUGGCGUUUAUCUUGGACAGCUCCGAGAGCGCCAAGCUCCUCCUGUUCGGCAGGCAGAAGGCCUUUGUGGACGCGUUCAGCCGCAGGGUCACGCAGCUGCAGCUGGGCGGCUGGGAACUGGACGCCCGCCUGGCCGUCAUCCAGUACAGCAGCACUGUGUUCAUCGACCAGCGCUUCUCCGACUGGCAGAACCUCGAGCAGUUCCUGCGUAGCGUCGCCAGCAUGAGCUACAUCGGCCAGGGCACCUACACCACCUACGCCAUCACCAACGCCACGCAACUCUUCACCCAGGAAACCACGCCGGAGAGCAUGAGAGUGGCGCUGCUUAUGACGGACGGUUCGGACCACCCCAGGAACCCGAACGUGAUCGCAGCGACUGCUGAAGCCAAGAGCAAUGGCAUCAAGCUCUUUGCCAUUGGCCUUUCAGACCAGGCCAGGCAGAGUCAAAGCAGCGCCAAGCUACGCUCCAUGGCCAGCUCUCCGGCCCAGAUGUAUGUCCAUUCCCUCACAGAUGCAAACCUGGAGGAGACGCUUCUCAAAGAGAUUAGCGCCAUUGCGAAGGAGGGUUGUCCCAAGGCACAGCCACUAGCGUGCGACUGUGAGAAGGGAGACAGAGGCCUACCAGGAAGUCCAGGUAAAAAGGGAGACGCUGGAUAUGAUGGACCUGCUGGUUCAAAAGGGUCAAUGGGAGAGCCUGGUGUGGAUGGCCGUCCUGGUACUGAUGGUACUGAGGGGAGAUCCGGUUUCAAAGGUGACAAGGGUGAGCGAGGGGACUGCGGAGCCCCUGGGGUAAAAGGAGACGUGGGACUGGCGGGGCGGUCUGGGUCGCGAGGAUUUAAAGGAGAGCAGGGUCACUUAGGCCCUCCAGGGGACCACGGUCCAGAGGGACUUCCCGGGCCCAAAGGAGAUCGGGGACCUGUUGGAGCUUCUGGGCCACAUGGAGACAUUGGCGUAGGAUUCCCAGGUCAUAAGGGAGACAAAGGCAACCAUGGAAGACCAGGACCUGCAGGUCUUGUAGGGGUCGGACAGCCCGGUCAAUCAGGUCCUCCAGGGUUAACCGGCUCACAGGGGAUUCAAGGCGUUCCAGGUGAGGGUCUACCUGGACCCAAGGGUGAAAGAGGUUACGAAGGGCCCAAGGGUGGGCGUGGUCCACCUGGACUUGGGAGCAGAGGUGAUAAGGGAGAUCUCGGACCACCAGGUGAGCAAGGACCAGUGGGAGAACUUGGAGUGGGAAUCCAAGGAGACAAGGGGGGCCAGGGGCCAUUAGGUCCACCGGGUCCGAGAGGCCAGCCGGGCCUGGGGAUGAUGGGGCCAAAGGGAAACCAAGGUUUCCCUGGUGAGCCUGGACUCCCUGGAGAGCGGAGCGUUGGGAAUCAAGGGCCAAAGGGGGAGGCUGGUCUACCAGGGCUGGCUGGAGCUUCUGGAAUCCCUGGAGAUGAUGGAACCUCAGGACCAAAGGGAGAUACAGGCUCACCUGGGCCCCGAGGGCAGGAUGGACCACCUGGAAAGGGCUCACCUGGAGUGAAGGGUGACCGCGGGGACAGAGGUGGCCGAGGCUUGCCUGGAGGAGGAGGUACCCAUGGACCUUCAGGACCAAAGGGAAGCCCUGGGUCUCCUGGGCCACCAGGUAGCAUUGGACCACCAGGGAGGGGUAUACCAGGAGCAAAGGGAGACGCUGGUCCAGCCGGUCCUGAAGGCUCAGUGGGGGAACCAGGCAUUGGUAUUGCAGGCCCAAAGGGUGACCGCGGAGGACAUGGCCCUCCUGGUUAUCCUGGGGUCAAAGGGCAGGGUUAUCCUGGCCCACAGGGGGCUCCGGGAGAACAAGGAUCAAUAGGAGAACCUGGUCCUGAGGGACAAGGUUUACCAGGGCCAAAGGGAGACCGGGGCGCCACAGGACUGCCUGGGUUUCCCGGGGCAACAGGCAUUGGAGAGAUGGGGCCCAAGGGACCCAUGGGUCCGGUAGGCCCACCAGGUCCACAGGGCCCACCAGGGGAAGGCAUCCAAGGACCAAAGGGUGAUGGAGGCUACCAAGGGGUGCCAGGCCCUAGAGGUCCUCCAGGAGAAGGACUCACAGGUGUUAAGGGGGACAGAGGCUUCGCUGGGGAGAAGGGCAAGAAAGGGGACGGAGGAGGACACGGAGAGCCCGGGGCGGAAGGACCAGUGGGUAGAGGAGGACCAAAAGGAGAGCCUGGUCUGACAAGAGAAGAGGUCAUUGAAAUUGUCCGAUCAAUAUGUGGCUGUGGGGUGAAGUGCAGAGUGAACCCGCUGGAACUCGUCUUCGUGAUCGACAGCUCCGAGAGCGUGGGCCCGGAAAACUUCGAUGUGGUCAAGGACUUUGUGAACGGCCUGAUCGACCGCGUGUCCGUGAGUGCCGACGUGACCCGCGUCGGCGUGGUGCUCUACAGCCACAUCAACGUGGUGGUGGUGGACCUCGCCCAGCAGGCGAUGCGCGACAACGUCAAAUCCGCCGUGCGCCGCAUGAUCUACAUGGGCGAGGGCACGUACACGGGCAGCGCCCUCCGCAAGGCCAAUGAGCUGUUCCGGGCCGCCAGACCGGGCGUGCGGAAGAUCGCCGUGGUGAUCACGGACGGACAGACGGACACCCGUGACCAGGUGAAGCUGGAGGAUGCCGUCAGGGAGGCCCACUCGUCCGGCAUCGAGAUGUUCGUCAUCGGGGUGGUCAACCAGAGUGACCCGUUCUUCGGAGACUUCAAGCAGGAGCUCAACACCAUGGCCUCCGACCCAGACGACGAGCAUGUUCAUGUGAUAAGUGACUUUGCCACACUACCAGUUCUGGAGCGACAGCUGCUGAAGCACAUCUGCGAGACUAAUGAAGGAGCCCUGUUCAGCCGCCUCCCAGGCUCCCAUCUCACCCCUGGCACUCGCACCCCAUGGGCAGACGCCCGGGAACUGCCCGAGAGGACGGACACUCCCACGUUUACCGGAGACCACAGGAGGACGCACAUGAUGCCGGGAUCUCCUGGGGAGCAUGUAGGUCCAUCAAGACCCGCCAUAGACGUUACCAGCAGAGUGGACGGUGGGAAGUCCUGGUGGUAUAACGGAGUGUUCCCACUCGUCCCUUACCAUCCCCCUGAGGAUGUGGACUGGCAUUCCCAUAGACCUAGGCACAGGAUGCCCACACAGACUCAGCCUCCUCCAGUACCAAGCCCACAAACUUCCAUCAUAGUACCGAGCAGCUUUAUACAAGAUGAAAAAUGCAAAGAUGUUCUGGAACCAGGUUCAUGUCGGGACUAUGUGGUCAAAUGGUACUACGACCGCAAUGCCAAUGCAUGUGCGCGGUUCUGGUAUGGAGGAUGUGGAGGCAACAGGAACCAGUUUGAGUCUGAAAAGAGCUGUAGGAAGGCCUGUGUGGGAGAGUAGCCCUUUGUCACAGGAGACAGUGAAAUAUACUUGUGCAGUACUAUUACAUAGUGCAUCGCCUCAGAACAAAAACGUAUUGGAAAGCAUGUACUGUAUGUCAUAAGAUAUUUACAUAUAUCCAACUUGCUUUAAGUACUCAGAACAUAGGAAUUUUAUAAGUACCUCAAAAUAUAAAAAACUUGACACUGAUCAAUCUAUAUAUGGAAAUACAGUAUUUUUCCGUAUCCAUAGGAAAUGGUGCUACAAUUUUAAUUUCCAAAAUCACUCCAAGAAAGUCCAGCUUACACUAUGAAGAAAGAAUUGUAUUCCAUAGCCUUUUAUAUAUCCAGUGAACGGGUCCAACUACGUGGAACAACACUUCUUAUUCAUGUAGCAGGCUUAUGCAGUCUGUAUUCAACCCUUCUUAUUCAUGUGGCGGGCUUAUGCAAGCUAUAUUCAUUUGCCACAGACACAAAAUGCUGCAUAUCAAUAUCACACGUGCCUUUACAAUCUGCAGAAUGUGUAGUAUUGAGAUUUUGCUCAGGCCUUCGAGAACUUUACUCUCGCUCAUCUGCUUGGACAGACUUGUUUUUACAUACAGUGCAUACAUGCAUACUUACAUACGGUGGGCCUUCUACAGCUCAGGGUGGGACCAGAAUGUGGAUGCUCAAAGAUGAGCAUAAUACAAGAUAUGCCUGUUCUCAACUGCUUGUCCCAAUGCUCUCUCGCAAUAAUCUUCAACAUUCAACAACUCAUAACAUUCUGCUGUGUUCCAGAAUGGCAUAGCCUGUAUGUAUCACAGUGCUAAACUAUUAACAUGGACAUGAAACAAAUGUACUGUAUUUCAGUUUAACAGCUUUAUCUAAUGAGGAUGUUGUAAACUCUGUACAACAUGAAAUAAAUGUUUGAAUAAAAAAAAAAAAAAAA